AUGACCCUCGAAACAUUGCGAAGCUCCAUCCAGGCCGAAACCAACAUCCCCCCCACCGCUCAGCACCUCUACCAUAAUGGCAACCUCAUCACCGAUAAUUCGAAAACGAUGGAGCAGCUUCAGAUAGGCGACGGGGAGAUGCUGGCGUUGCAUGUCCGAGAUAUGCGCGGUUCAACGGGUAUGCCGGCUGGCAGAGGCGCUCAACAGGCUGGGGCAGGACAGAGGUCCGGCGGCGCUGGCGGGGCAUUGGAGCAAGACCCGGAGCUCAUCCGACUCCAGAUCCUGGGCGACCCUGACCUUCGUGCCGAGGCCCAGAGACAGACGCCUCAGCUUGCUGCAGUGCUCGAUGAUCCUCAGGCAUUUGCACAGCUCUUCAACAUGCGCUUCGACCGUGAGCGGAGAGAGCGGGCGGAGCGUCAACGCCAGAUUGCCCAGCUCAACGCAGACCCCUUUGACGUCGAGGCCCAAGCCAGGAUCGAGGAGAUGAUCAGGCAGGAGCGGGUUAUGGAGAACUUGCAGAAUGCCAUGGAGCAUAACCCGGAAGGUAAGCGUGGAAAGCUAGCUUCAAGACGAGGCCUCCCAGCUAACAUGAAAAAUGUAGUGUUUGGCCGGGUGCACAUGUUGUACGUCAAUGUUGAGGUCAACGGACACAAGGUCAAAGCUCUAGUCGAUUCUGGCGCCCAAGCAACAAUUAUGUCACCGUCUUGUGCGGAGGCCUGUGGAAUCAUGAGACUUGUGGACAAGCGUUUCGCUGGCGUGGCACGAGGCGUUGGCACUGCAACCAUCAUCGGCCGUGUGCAUUCAGCUCAGAUCAAGAUCGGAUCCCUCUUCCUCCCCUGCAGCUUCACUGUCAUGGAGGGCAAGAAUGUGGAGCUUCUCCUGGGCCUUGACAUGCUCAAGCGCCACCAGACCUGCAUUGAUCUCGCCAAGGACAAGCUCGUCAUCCAGGGCGUGGAGAUUCCCUUCCUCGGCGAGGCCGAAAUCCCCAGGGAAUCAGAGGAGGCCUUGGUCGAGGAGCCCACCAUCACUGGACCUGGCGGGACUACCAUUGGGCAAAAGUCUGGCGUUGUGUCUGGCCCUGGCGAGCCGUCGGCGAGCCAGCCUGGUCAGUCGGUCCCGGCGGCCCAGCCUGGCCCCAGCGCACAGCAGCCUGCACCCGCUGCUGCUUCGCCUGCAUUCUCCAACGAGGCCAUCGAGCAGCUCAUGGCCUUGGGUUUCUCUCGGGAAGCUGCUAUCAACGCCUUACAGGCCACAGGCGGCAACGUCGAAUACGCAGCCGGCCUCCUGUUCCAAGGUUAG